UGGGGGCGCUGUCUGCCGGGCGGGCGUUUCUCUUGGCUGCGGGGCUGCUGUCCUGUUCGGUCGAUGGUUGUGCAGUGUAGCUUUAGCCUGGCACAGUUUUGCUGUGUGUAUUUUACCCGUGUGUGUUUUUAUUAUUAUCGCCCAUCUGUGCGUCAUGCGGCCCGGUGUUGAUACAGAGAGCCCCGGCGCGGUGUGAUGGAGGCGCGGAGCUGCGCGGGCGGCGGGGUUUUAGGGUUUUAUUGCGGUAGGAAUCCAGACUUCCAGGGGAGGAUGUGUUAGCAUGGCGGCUAGCUGACUCGAGGAUGACGCCCACAAAGAUGAAACUGCGGAUGAGAAAGAAAGAGGCCGGGGCAAAGUCCUCUCGGCGGCUGCUGACUGAGACGUCACCAGACUCCAAGUGCCCAAUCUGCCUGGACCGCUUCAACAAUGCGGCUUCUCUAGACCGCUGCCUGCACCGCUUCUGCUUCCGCUGCAUUCAUGAAUGGUCCAAAAACAAGGCAGAGUGUCCGCUGUGCAAGCAGCCAUUCCGCUCCAUCUUCCACUCUGUAAAGGCUGAGAAUGACUUCAAGGAGUUUGUGGUGGCACCUGUCGUGAAUGCCCCACCGACUGCAGUGCCACCCCCUGCCGAUCAGACUGAAGGCAGCGUGCCAUCAGGCCGUGUUCGCCGGCCCAGAGCGCAGAGAGGCGGGGAGAGACGAAGUCGGAGGAACCAAAAUGCUGCUCCUGCUGUCACGUCCCUGAAUGUGAGACUCGAAGGUUUAGUGGGGGAGGUGGAUCAGGAAAGUGGCGUCCAUCAAAUGAUGCUCCGCCUGACGGAGCGCAGACGGUCACGAGUAGAGGAGCAUAGUCUUCGGCGACUGAGGGACCAAGACGUUGUAGCAUUCCGGCGUGCACUGUACCGGACAGGUGUACGGGUGCGCAGUGGUGGGUGGGACAGCAGCCGGCAGAGGGACAUCUCAGCCACUCACCUGCGCCGUAACCCGGCCUGUCUGAGGCGGCUGCUGCCUUGGCUCCAGCGGGAGCUGACUGUGCUGUACGGUUCCCAUGGCUCACUGGUCAGCAUUGUGCAGCACAUCAUCAUGUCUCGCAUCACGCACUACGACAUGGAUGAUGCUGCUAUUCGGGAUGAGCUCCGCCCCUUUCUGCUGGCACGCACUGACCACUUCCUACAUGAGCUGGUCAGUUUUGCCCGCUCCACGCUCUCCAUCGAAGCCUACGACCAGCAGGCUGUCUACGAGUGCCCUGCCCCCAGCUACGAGGAAGACAGCAGCUCCAGCUCCUCAAUCAUUGCCAUCUCAGAGGACGAUGAUGACAGCGAGGAAGCAGACAUCACCGAAGACACCGCUCAGGAGCGUGUACCACCUGUUCCCAUGGCAACAGGUGGUGAGAGUUCACUUAGCCAGUCUGCGUGGGAUGAUGAGACUCCUGGACCCUCUUAUUCCACACUCUUCCCCUCUCCCAGCCAGUCGCAGACAGAGGGUGCAGAACAUAACAGUGCCUCCACUCAGGCAGACGACAUAGGUGGCACUAGUGGAGCAGCUGGGCUUCUUGAGGAUGAGGAGGAAGAGUGUAUGAUUGUGGGGUACGUGAAGCCGAUGGCUGAGCGCACUCCAGAGCUUGUGCAGCUUUCCUCUGACUCCUCAGAGGAGGAGGAGCAGAAGGCGGCUGCGACAGAGACCGCAGAAGCCACAGUACCAAAGGCGGAGGCCUCAUCUUCCCAGGUGCAGGCUCCACCCUCCCCCGAGUCCUACCUUACACCAGUUAGUCCCUCCUCUUUCCCCUGUCCAUCUGCCUCGCACAGUCCACUGUUAAACGUUGACAGUGUAAGCCCACAACAUGCGACCUUGUUGAAAGACAGUCCUGUGAAAGAAGGUGAAAGACAGUCCCGCCCUGGAAGAAAAGAUCACGCUCCACAGCAUGCCUUCAGAUGUAGCUCACGGUCCAGCAGCGAAAGUUCUGUGCUGAGUCGCCAUUCUGGGCGCAGCAAAUCCCGCAGGAGCUCAUUUUCUGCUUCUAGGCAUCAAGAGCAACCUAAACACCAAGAGUCACGGAGGUGGAGUCACCAGUCAGCAGGUCAAAGUCCUACAGUUUCAGUUGCCAGUGAUAGCUCUGACUCUCUUAUGACUCCUAGCUGGGAGCAGCCACAGUCAAGAGAACGGUUUCGCACCCAGAGGAACGAUGAGGGACAUGACUGGAUUCAUUCUGUUUCUGCAAAGGAAAAGUCAUCCCAGUCCUCUGCCUACUGGGAUUUGUCCGUUCACAGCACUGAGCAAAGGAAAGCAAGGAAGCGGCGGAGGAAAGAGAAGGAAAGAAGUCGAUCUCCUCUUCGGGUUCACUCUGCUUCUCACGGCCGCUCUCGUGAUGGACGUCAUCGGCACGGGCGGCACAAGCAACACCUUCGUACGGGUAGUCGCUCCAGCAGCAGUGGCAGAAGAAGUAGCAGUAGUAGUAGCAGCAGUGCAGAUUCACGCCCAGACCAACCCUGCCCAGAAAAACCUUCAGGCAAGCGCAAGUACAAAACUCGCCACCUGGAAAGAGCAGCCCAGCGCCAGAAGUCCAACAAGAACCGGGACAAGGACUGUCAGGUGGCUCACCGCAGCAGCCCAGCCAAGAAGCACCGCGGCAGGACGCGUGAGCGAAGCCGCAGCCCAAGCGUGGAGAUCAUUUUUGAGCGCAGAGCCCCCGACGCACCCUCGCAGACACACUGGUGGAGGAGAAAAAGACACAAGAAGAGGAAUCGGAGAGCACGAGAGCGCAACUCCCCCACCAUCAUCACUAUCGACAGUGACAGUGACCGCACCAAUGACUACCAGGACUGCGUUACAGAGGUUACCAAUGACACUGUUGACUAUCAAGAGCGUGUUAGCAAGGUUUCCAGCAGUGCAGCUGACGAUCAGAACAAUGAUGCUAAUGUUACAAGCAGCAACGCAGACAGUGAGGUAUGUGUUUCCAAAGCUUCCUGUAGCACCAAUGACAAUCAGCACAGUGCUACCAAGGUCACCAGCAGCAGCACCACCACUAUUGAUGAGCACCACCUUGAUCAGCAGCAGCAUGAUACCAGGGUUGGCAACAGCAACGCUGAUGUCGAUGAUGUUUUUCACGAUGUAGGCAAGGUUACCCAAAGCAUGACUGGCUCAAAGCCCACUACUGAAGCUAGCAACUGUGCUACUGAGCAGCACCAGCGUGUUGCAGAGGGUGCCAAGAGCACAGCCAGUGCUCAGCGUUGUGUUACCAACGACGGUCACAGUUCUGCGAGGAAUGUUACUGAUUCUGCACUCAGUUCACAGGAUGGUGUUACAGAUUCGUUAAAUCAGCCUGUCAAGAGAACUGGAGUACUGCCUGGUGAGGAGAACAGAAGCCCUGUGACCACCACUAAGUGCACACCUGACUCUCUGGACUGUGCACUGAAUCUAGAGCACUGCGUUGUGGACAUAGUGGACCGUGAAUCAUUUGACCGCUUGCAGCACAACACUGAUCCAGAUCAGCCUGGAAGAGCUGACGACUUCAGCCGAGACGUUUCCAUGCCCUCAGAUACAAGACUGCUGGAGUCCAUACUGCAGGAGCUGGAGGACAUACUGCCUGAGGAGGAGGAGGAGGCUCAAAGGACAGAAUCAAGGCUAGAAGAGACUCGUACAGACAAUAGGGUGGGCCAACUGGAUGGUGCAGUUAUGCCACCUAUAGUCCAAUCAGUUUCUGGCAGAGAGCCAGGUGGAACAGGCAACACUGGGAGUGAAAAUGAUUCACAGAGUGAGGAGGCCAAACCUGAUAUGUACAACUAAGAUGGUCCACAGAUUUAUGAUUAAGCCUGUUCUGUCUUAUUUGUAAAUAAUUAUUUUUAAAUAAUUUCUUCCUUAUGUAGAACUUGUUUUUUAAAAGGGUUUUAAAAAAAAGAAGCUAAUGUAAGAAAAAUUAAAACAUUAAAGCUUUUUUAUUGUUAUUAUUCUAGUAUUUAUAGUUCCUGUGAUUAUAAUGGACAGAAAUGUCUGCCUCAGACCUGGUGCUGACCUGCUGUGCCACAGAACACCCUCAUAUGUGCACACAAACACACACUCACCCACCAACUCCCUGUUACUGUUCAAACUAGCCUCCAUUCUAGUCCUCUGAAAGUGUUGUCUGUCUUGAACUCAGGGAACAUGUGGCCAUUGUCCUUUAUACCCAUCCUUAACAACCAACAUGCCUCUUGAACAGCAUGUGAAAAAGAAUCACAUGCACGCCGCAACGCCGCAGUCAGCCUGGCCUUAACGCCAGGAGAGUGGGCAAAGCUGUUGUUACUGCUGCCCUUUUUAUGCCGAUGAAGAAAUCGCUAAAUAAAUGUUUCAGAUGCAAAAAAUAAAAAAAUAUAUAAAAGCCA